UUUCCUUCCAGCGCACAUUCCUCCGCCCGGGUCCCGCUCCGCCGCCCCCGCUGCCAGCCGAGGCCCUAAAUUCCGGUUCCAACUAUUUCAACCAUCCUGGGAAGGGUGGGGCGCUCGGCUCUUGGGUCCCCCUCGCCUGCCCCCCCCUUCCCCGUCAUCGGUCUCCCCUUCUGCCCGGGUCCCUCCCUUUCUGGGUCGAAGCCAGCCAAUCGGCAAGGAGACUCCCGGGUUUGGCCCGGGAGCCGGGAAGCUCACCGAUCCCCCGCCCCACAGUUCUGGCGGCCGUCCCGGUGCGCACGGACGUGGCUCGAGUUUCCUCCGCUCUCCGGGCUCUCCCUCCUCCCUCUCUUCCUCUUCUCCGGGUCUCCCGCUCCGGCUACAGCUCCACCCGGCCGGUCCCACACGGCUCCGGGUAGCCAUGGAGGACACCCAGCUCCAUAUCAUCGAGCAGCCGCUUUCCGGGUACCCCGACGCCGGGGACUCGGGGUCCUCUCCCCUGGGGGCGCCAGCCACCGAGGAGCCGUCGGGGGCCGGCUCUGAGGAACUGAUCAAGUCCGACCAGGUGAACGGCGUGCUGGUGCUGAGCCUUCUGGACAAAAUCAUCGGCGCGGUCGACCAGAUCCAGCUGACCCAGUCCCAGCUGGAAGAGCGGCAGGCGGAGAUGGAGGGCGCCGUGCAGAGCAUCCAGGGCGAGCUGAGCAAGCUGGGCAAGGCGCACGCCACCACCAGCAACACCGUGAGCAAGUUGCUGGAGAAGGUGCGCAAGGUCAGCGUCAACGUGAAGACCGUGCGAGGCAGCCUGGAGCGCCAGGCCGGCCAGAUCAAGAAGCUGGAGGUCAACGAGGCGGAGCUGCUGAGGCGCCGUAACUUUAAAGUCAUGAUCUACCAGGAUGAAGUGAAACUGCCGGCCAAGCUGAGCAUCAGCAAAUCCCUCAAAGAGUCGGAGGCGCUGCCCGAGAAGGAGGGCGACGAGCUGGGCGAGGGCGAGCGGCCAGAGGAGGACGCGGGGGCGCUCGAGCUGUCGUCCGAUGAGGCGGUGGAGGUGGAGGAGGUCAUCGAGGAGUCGCGCGCCGAGCGCAUCAAGCGCAGUGGCCUGCGGCGCGUGGACGACUUCAAGAAGGCCUUCUCCAAGGAGAAGAUGGAGAAGACCAAGGUGCGCACCCGCGAGAACCUGGAGAAGACCCGUCUCAAGACCAAGGAGAACCUGGAGAAGACGCGACACACCCUGGAGAAGCGCAUGAACAAGCUGGGCACGCGCCUGGUCCCCGCCGAGCGGCGCGAGAAGCUCAAGACCUCCCGGGAGAAGUUGCGCAAGUCCUUCACGCCCGACCACGUGGUCUACGCGCGCUCCAAGACGGCGGUGUACAAAGUGCCGCCCUUCACCUUCCACGUGAAGAAGAUCCGGGAGGGCGAGGUGGAGGUGCUGAAGGCCACCGAGAUGGUGGAGGUGGGCGCCGACGAUGAGGAGGGCGGCACGGAGCGCGGCGAGGCCGCCGAUCUGCUGCGCGGGAGCAGCCCGGACGUGCACACGCUGCUGGAGAUCACCGAGGAGUCGGACGCCGUGCUCGUGGACAAGAGCGACAGCGACUGAGCGCAAGGCCCGGGCUGUGCCCAGGAGGCCGCGCCCCACCGCACCCCCCGCCCCUCCCAGCCCUGCCCCGUCCCUGUUCCUCUGAACUUUCUCUGUCGCAUCCUCUCUCGGCCCCCAGACAGGCUGAGGCUGUUCCAAACUGACAACCCAAUCCCAAGCAGCAAACCUCCAAGCUGAUCAGACAGGAGUGGGGUGCGGCUUCCGCAGUGGGCUGGGGCGUAGCCUGGGUGGAAAUGGAAUGAGGAGCGAUCCGUCCCCAGGUUGUCCAAGUCGGGGAGCCUAAAGGAAACUGUCAUUUCCUUAGUAGCCUGACUCCAACUGCCUUCCCCCCACCUGUCCCCUCACACUCACACCCAACGCAGUCAUUCCUGCUCCCUUUCUCAUCCUGAUUCCCAGAGACUUCAAAGCCAGCAUUAUCAUACAAGGAGAGAGGAUCCUUGCCCACGUGGGAGAACCCUUACUGAAAGGACUUAAAGUGGCUUUGGGAGAACCGGGGGUGGAGGGGAGAGAGGACAGUGAGCUAUGACCCUGGAUGAGGGUCAAUAACAGGCUGACUCUGCACAAGGUCCCAGCAAGCUAACCUGAAGCCAAGAAGAACCCUGAAGGGGAGUAAGGGGGGAGUGUGUGGAAAGUGGGGAACACUUGCGUGUUAGGGACCUGAACAUGGUUAUGGUUUUGGAAAGGAGAAAAAGAAAAUAGAAGGUGGAAACUGGUGAAGGGAAAUUUUCUCAUUAGCAGCCUGAGAAACAGGAGGCGAAUCCCACCUUACUGGGGUUCUCAGAGAUAGCAAGAUAAGGGGAGUAGAUGGUGUGAGAAAGCAAAAUUAUCCCAAGAGAAAGGUAAAUUCACCUAAUCCCUCCCUCCGAUAGAGGGAUCUGGGUAGCCACCCCCACCGCAGCCAUUUCUCGAAGUCCAGAAAAUUAGGUUCCAGAAGGGGGCAGCAGAGAGCUGGAAGUUAGGAGGCUGCGGACUGGAAUGGACAAGGUGGAUGGCCGGCCACCACGCUGGGAGUCGCCCCUGCCCCCUUUCUGUGGAGCUGCCCAGCCUCUACCCCUGGCAGCUUCUUCUGGAAAGCCUUCCCUAGAGCUAGUAUCAGAAAGUGGAAGAGCUUGCCAAGUCCUCUUGGGUUCCUCGCCUGUCUGAGGUCCUUCCCUGAGGCUUGGGAGCUGAGAGGUGCCACUUCCAGCCGAGGCUCUGGUUUCCGUAGGCCACUGACCAGGCCCGAGUCAGUCCUCCUGCUCCUCCCCAGUAAGGGCGGCUCGUCAGAGCAAGGACAGCGCCCCCUCUCCAAAUCUCAGCCCAGGAGGAACUGAAGUCGGCCUUCUUCUCCCCAACCUCUCUGCCUGGUCUUCCUGCUCUGCUUUUUUAGAAUUGCAGCUAAUUGUUUUGUUUUAGGGGGCGUGGGAGGGAGGGAGGCUGGG